CGACGGGGGGGUGGGGGUCGGCGGCAGAGGCAGAGGCCGAGGAAGGCGACGACAUGAACGACUUAACGAGGAAAGUGGACGCCUCCUUUUCACCCAAGUCGUCGCCUCGCGGUUCCAGGUCCCCCAUGGCCACGCCGAACCUUUCGAGAAAUGACUCCACGGGGACCUUGAAGAUGACGAUCUCGGCUGGGAAGCACCCCGCGGUCGUCCAUUCAGGGCCCUUCUACUUGAUGAAGGACCCAGCUACAGAGAAUGAGCUCACAGGUGCUACCAACCUGAUGCAGCACUUUAACUUGGAGCAUUCGUACAACAAAUUCACAGGCAAGAAGGUGAGAGAUUCCUUAUCAUCCUUCCUGCCAACGCUCCCAGGAAUCAUAGACACUCCUGCUCACCUCACCAAUUCCUCACUCCAGUCACUCAUCGAGAAGCCACCGGUUUUCAAGGAAUUCACUUUGCUCAAUCACCACCAGCUUGCUGCAUUCCGCCUACAUGCAGGCCCACUUCCAGAACAGUAUCGCUUCAUGAACCAGCCUCCAGGCCAGCGGAAACAUAAAAAACACAAGAAGCACAAAUUCAAGGCAGGGGAAACGCCAACACAAGAUGGCUCUGCAGACGGGUCGGAUAUGCACGAGAAAAAGCACAAGAAAAAGAAGAAUGACGAGGAGAGGGAAAAGAAAAAGAAAAAGAAAGAGAAGAAGAAGAAGAAACAAAAACACAGUCCAGAACAUCCAGGAAUUUCGGGUGGUGACAUGAAUAGGAUAAUUCAAUGAUAAGACAGUGUAGUGCGAGCCUUAACAUUGCAAAGAUAGAAACAUCUACUGAAUCAUGGUUCACCUUUGUGCAUCAAGUUACAGUGUUUGUAAAACUUGUAAGUGAAGCUUAAAAAGAAGCAUUUUUCCAGUUAAGUAUAGUCUUUCUCAGUAUGUUAGACCCCAAGUCUAUAUAUGUUACAUGAGUCAGAUUAUUAUAGUUGACUUUUUAUACCUUUCAAGUAUUGUACUAAGCAUUUUAAAUGUCUGUGGCUGAAUAGACAAUGCAAGGUACUGACUUGUGUAAUGAAAAUGUUCCUUUUUUUGGUUAAAUCAAUAAAAUCUCAACUCAGUGAUGUUUGUCUUCAGCAGGAGAAUGUAAUAAUUCUUGAAUCAUUUACUGAUCAUUUUAAUAUAUAUAGCUGGAUUAUUUGUAAUUAUGUGAAGUAAUGAACUGGCCUGGAUUUCUUUAAUUACAGCAAUUGGGGAAAUAACUAAGAAUGCAAAGAUUAUCUAAUACCACUUAAUGAACAGAGAAAUGUCCUUUUUAUGUCUGAAAUCUUAUUUAUAUUGAACCACUUCUCUAAUUAUCUUUGCAAAUCAAAUAAGGGAAUUGUGUUGUAAGAGAUUAAGUUAUGUUACUUUUAUGAUGAAAAACAAUGAAAUGGAAAAAGAAA